AUGUUGUAUCGUUCUGACUUGGAGUUAUAUCUGUAUGAAUCGAACGUUCACACCAGACUCAGAUCGAUUGUUGAGGUCUUCGACAAAAUCCACAAAAUCUCAGAUAAAGUGCAAAUGGCCAAAGAAAAAGGGAAAAUGAGAAGAAAAGGAUGCCCACAUGAAAAUCUGAAAUUUUUCAACCCAUUGACCGCAAAAAUCACAGGCAAAUUACUCCAUUGGAAGACAAGGGAGUUAACAAAUUGUAAGGCAAACUUCUUUGUGCAGAAGGUAAUAAGUACCAGGCAACAGUGGUCUAGAUCCCGCCUUCCCGGCAAUUGGCUACGACUUAGAGCCUCUGAUUGCAUCGUCGGAGAUGAUUAA